AAACUCCGUCUAUCUCACGUACCAUGCCACCCACACCCUCAAAAGCUACAUCGGCUUUCAUCGAUGCACUCAAUGAUUCAAUACCAUGCUGUAACUCCGCGACCAGACACUCGGCGGCAUCUUGCACUUCUGAGCCCAGUUCUGGCUGACUCAACGGAUGGUGGCACGCCUGCAGGUCUCCCGAGCACAAUGAGGUGCGGACCUUUCGCAGCAGCAUGGCCAGAACGUAGACGCUUUGCAUCUUGUCAAUAGGACAUAUACGGAAGCGAACGAGGGCAUCCCGGGAACUGAGGGGAGGGGGCCAUGGUAUUGUCUCGUUAUUGGAAGGUGCAUCGGUACAGUAUAGGUUCGGUGGUGUUAGGUUACGGAAGACUCUUAACACCACGAGGGUUGAUUUCAUACAUAUGGCUACAGACUGUUUCUCCGUGAAGGGGAAUAUGGAGUCGAUAUUAGUUAUUUAGCUUAGCGAUAGUUGAUUAGCGGAGUAAACGAAGUCGAUAUGGUUAAUUGAGGUGAGGCUGCAGUGUUCAUCUAGAUAUAAGGGAUGAUCUGUGAAUUAUGGCACUUGUAAUUGCCUACAGGUUUCGGGGAGCAAAACAUUCAGCCCCUUGUCGGUUCGUCACACACCGAUAUCGAUCGGACUCGGUGGCAAGUGAUGAUAUCACAAAGUUCUCGGAUACGAACAGUUAGAAUCGGGAAUUGACUCGACUUGCUGUCCCCUUUCUCGAGCACCCUUGCUAUUUUGUACGUCUGAGGAAUGUAUCUUGUGCUUUUGCUAAUAAUGGCCAAGGCUAGAGUAUAGGUAAGUGAUUGUCAUACAAUAUCCGACUAGAGGGC